UGUUUUCUAUGGAAUAACAAGCUGACAUGGCGUCAUUUGAUAUCACUCGUUGGUUGACGCUUGGGUUAUAAACAUCCGUUGAUUUUGCAAAGGAAAAGUGUAGUGUAUUAGAAAUUUAAUAAUGAGAAAAUCACCGUUAAAUAUGCCGGGCGGUAGUAGAAGUCAGAAUAAUCACGAGUGGAAAUCCUACGUUGAUACGAGAAGGACAAAUUGUGGUUUUGUUGCGUAUAAGCGUGGGUGUUAUUCUUACAACGGUGUAGAGCUGAAUCGUGGCGAUAACGACUUUAUUCCCUUGAACAGUAGUACACCGGAUCAAAGAAGACACAGUGGUAACAGAUAUGGUUCUGGGAUUGGUCGAAAUCACCGCAAUUCAGGUAGUUGGUUGUUUAAUGAUUAUAGAGGAAACCACUUUGCGAACACAAAACCGCAUUUCAAUAAUUCAUACUCUCCUUAUAAGCAUACUGGUAUGCAAUUUCAUGGACAAAAUAAGAGUAUGCAAAAGGAUGGUCAUAGGCAAAUUGACAUAUCAAGAUAUAUUGACAUUAAUUCUAUCUUAGAAGAUCCAUGGGCUGAAUUAAUGCAAAAAUUGGAUGACUCUACGACUUCUAAUAAAGUGGACGUUUUGAACGGAUCUUCAACUAUUCCUUAUUCCAAAGAGAUUAGCAAAAGCGUAUCUUUGGUUGACACAUAUUUUCAAAAUAACCAACAUAACGUGGAAUCUCAAAGUCAAUCUGUAAAUAUUGAUUUAGAAAUUAGUGAUAACGCUUUGGAAGUUAAAAAUAUAUCGGACAAUCAAUUUGGAGAUACUAAAUUGGAUUUGACUUUGGACAAUGAAAGUUUGUGCAAUAAUAGUAAUGAUAAUAAUCAUGUGGCGAGCAAAGACAUUAAACAAAACAUAUAGCAAUUGGUCAAUAUUACACAUAUAAAUCAUAUAUAAGAAAAAAGAGCAAAAUUUCUUGAAUAACGAUUCAUAGAUAUGACAAUGCAAUCUUUAAUUGUAUGUAUGUACAUUCUAUUAAUGUAUAUAAAAUUUUGCACGCAUUGUGUGUGUGUAUGUGUGUAUUAUAUAUACAUACGCAUAUAUAUACACAUAUACAUACAUACAUAUAUACAUACAUAUAUUAAUGAGAUUAGCAAAAUGAUAUAUAAACAUAUGAUUAAUGUAAAUAGAGCUAUUUUUUAAGUGCAGAUCUUUUUUGUAAAAGUAGAAUUUUAAUCGAUGUGGAUUGAAUAUGUACAAGAAGUGCAGUAUAAAAUUAUCUUUCACAUUAAACUUUCGUAAGAAGGCUGUGAAGAAAUGUAUAAUAUUUACUGAAAAUGAUUUAUAUGUGCAAUUCUAAAGUACACAGAGAACAAAGCGUGUUUAAAUUACGAUUAGAUAAACAUUGAACACCAACUUCUUGUCCAUAGAUUAAGUAAUUAAGGCAUGUCUUGAGGUUGAACAUUCAGUUAGAUAACUUGUAAAAAUGAAUUCUUUUUUAUUACUAUAAUGAAGAAAUGUUUGAAGAUACACUGAGUCUGUAUAAUUAUUUAAAAAUAAUAUCAAUGUACUAAAGAAACUUUAUUGUAGCAUGUGAUUAUCUGUACACUGACUACAAUCAAUUUUAAUUUUCAUUAAUUCUUAAUAAUAUUUAAUGAUAUAUCUUCUAAAAUAAUUUCAUCCCUCUAAAUACCGAAUAUAACUUAAAUAGAUUUUGUUCUCUGACAUAUUUGAAGACAUAGGAAUUAUUAUGUACUUCUAUCUCUAACAGGAAAAUCUAAUUUACUUGUAUCGAUAACAAUAUUGUUGCUAAAAUUAAUUUUCAACUAUAAAGUACAUUAUACUAGUUUUCAAUUAUAAAGUGCGUGGUUUUGUAGAUAUUUAUGUGAUAUGUGAUCUUUGUCCAUACUAACAGCAAUACUCGUUUUUACAUAUUUGAUCUCUGUAUUGUGUGAAUUUGCGUAUGUUUUUGAUCAGAUAUAGAAAAUGUAAACAGACUCAGUCAAAAGAGUUCUAAUGCAAUAUUGUACUAAUAAAAAAUAGAUAAUAAAUCAUAUUCAUAUAUUUAUAUAUAUAUGUAUGUAUAUGUAUAUAUGUAUAUGUAAUGAUAUAUAUAUAUAUAUAUAUAUAUGUGUGUAUAUAUGAUAAAUAUAUGUGACAAAUAUAAUAAAAAGGAGAUACACUUUGUCCAGAUUUAUAUGAUACUUUAUAAAGAACAGUGUGUGAAAUGGGACAAAAUAAAUUACAUGUUGUUUGUUACAUAUAUGUAACAUUUCGUCUCAACAUGCUAAUUUAAUAUAUGUACAAAAUCAUGAACUGGUACAAACUUAACGAUUAACUGAAAAAAUUUCAAUUAGUCUUAAUCUUAUUAAUGUAAUUUCUCACAAUAAUCUCUGUUGUAAAAAGCAUUAAUAAUCUGCUAAUUACUGUAUACCUAAUGUUCGAAAUAAAAAAAAAUAUAUGAAAAAUAUGAGAAAAAGCAAA